CCUCGAAAUAGUGCGCAAAGUCAUUCAUUCUAUAUAUCUGUGAAUAGCGUACUAGGAAAUGUAUGAACAAAACAAUACCGCUACUACUACCACUAUAGUUUAAAAGUGAAGUGGGGGCAACCUAGUUUUAAGCUCAGAGUCCCGAACCACGCGCCAUUUAAAAGGUUCCUCGUUCCAGUGUAGUUCCUAUUCUUACUUUCUGACAAUGUAUGUAGAAUGAUAAUACGAAGCAGAAUAGAUGUUUAAUUUAUGAAAAUUGAGAACUGGUUAAGAACAGAAAAAGUUCACACAUAUAUAGAAAAAUUCUUAAUGUACCUUAGAGUUAACAAUAAGCAGAAUGACAGCCAUCAAUUCCACCAAACCAAAAUUAAGAAUAUUAGCAUUACAUGGAUAUAUGCAAUCAGAUGUAAUCUUUAGCGCCAAGUUGGGAUCAUUAAGGAAGGGAUUUAAAAAAGAAAUAGAUUUUACAUUUAUAAGAGCACCACACAAAAUUCCAUCAAAUAAUGAAGAAAAUGCAGAUGAAAAUGGAUAUGGAUGGUGGUUUAAUACAGAGGACCAUGUAUUUAAAGCAACAGUACCUAGUGAAUUAUGUGUAGGAUUUGAGGACAGUAUAGUUUUAAUAGAAACAAUAUUUACAGAACAGGGUCCCUUUGAUGGUAUAUUAGGUUUUUCACAAGGUGCUGCUUUUGUCAGUAUAUUAUGUGCUAUGAUGAAAAGAAAAAUGUUACAGAUUGAAUUCAAAUUUGCUAUUAUGAUAUCUGGAUUCAAGUCAUUGUGCGCACCUCAUGCAAAAUAUUACGAUGAAAAGAUAGAUGUACCUUCCUUACACAUUUAUGGAGAAAAUGAUCAAGUAAUUCCAACAGCAAUGGCAGAACAUAUUAGUUGUCUUUUUACAAAUAAGAAAGAAAUGCGGCACGAAGGUGGCCAUUAUAUACCAAGUAAGAAAGAUAUUUACAAGGAUUUUAUAAUGGAAAUGCUAACAAAUAAAAAUGUAUAAGC